AUGGGGUUCAAAACUCUGUGCUUUGGGCUGACUUUGAUUCUCUUUGCUUAUUAUAUUUAUACACCGUUACCAGAAAACAUUGAAGAACCUUGGAAAGUAGGGGUCAUCGAUGCUCUUAUAAAAACUACUUCUCUUACGGCUACGUUAUUGGAAAAUAUGGGUCUUAUUGGAUAUGCGGAAUUAUUUUCCGUGUUACUGAAAUUGGACCAAAUAGUACUAAUUUCAGAUGAAAACGUUACAGUGAUGGAUACAAAGUUUACUGACGUUCCAGUGUGUUUGUACUUGCCAAAGAAGAAGUCAGAAAGCCAGAGACGGGCUGUAAUUUUUAUUCAUGGUGGUGCCUUUGUUAUGGGAAGUUGCAGGCAGACGGCUUAUGACUUACUGAAUAGAUGGACAGCAAAUAAACUUGGUGCUGUUGUUGUGGGAAUAGACUAUAGGCUAGCUCCUCAAUAUCAAUUUCCUGUUCCCCUUGAAGAUGUCAUUUCUGUGGUCAGAUUCUUUCUACAGGAUAACAUUCUUGCAAAAUAUGGAGUGGAUCCUUCCCGAAUCUGUAUUUCAGGUGAUAGUUCUGGGGGUACAUUGGCAGCAAAAGUUACUCAACUGGUACAAAAUGAUCCAGAAUUCAAAAAUAAAAUUAAGGCACAAGCUUUAAUUUACCCUGGCUUGCAGGGGGUGGAUGUUUUAAUGCCCUCUCACCGACAAAAUGAGCAUGGUCCGAUUCUGUCAAGGGAUAUGGCAAUUAAAAUGGGAUGCCUGUACUUGACCAAGGAUAAAGCACUGCCCCAAGCAGUGAGAGAAAAUCAACAUAUGCCCCAUGGAUCAAGACAUCUGUUCAAGUUGGUUAACUGGAGUACUCUUCUUCCUGAAAAAUAUAGAAGGAAUCACAUAUAUACUGAACCAAUUAUUGGGAAGCUUAACUCUUCGUAUCCAGUAUUUUUGGAUAGCAGGUUAUCACCCUUGUUAGCCACUGAUUCCCAAUUAGAAAAAUUGCCACUAACUUAUAUCAUCACCUGUGAACAUGAUAUCCUAAGAGAUGAUGGACUUAUAUACGUCUCACGACUUCGAAAUGCUGCAGUUAACGUUUCUCAUGACCACAUAGAGGAUGGGAUCCAUGGAGCACUUUUUUUCAUGACAACACCAUUUUACUUACGUGUAGGCAUUAGAAUAAGUGAUAAAUAUAUUAAUUGGCUUGAAGAAAAUCUAUAA